AUGACCACAGAAUCAUCCCAGGAGAGCACCACCACCACCACCACCACCACCACUCACACUGAAGACGCCCUCGAAUCCCGUCGUCGUGCCCUCGCCCGCAUCGACAACGCCCCCCUGGGCUGGCGCCAUGCCCGUGCAAUCCUCGUCGCCGGCGUCGGCUUCUUCACGGACUCCUACGACAUCUUCGCCAUAAACCUCUGCUCCAGCAUGCUGGGGGUUGUCUUCUGGGAGAACUCCGGGUCGUCACGGCCCGGGAAGGUCCCUUAUUCCGCUGACACGGCGAUCAAGGUCUCGACCUCUGCGGGGACAGUGCUGGGCCAGCUGCUGUUCGGGUGGCUGGCGGACCGGGUGGGGAGGAAGAGGAUGUACGGGAUUGAGCUGAUGAUUAUUAUCGUGGCGACGCUGGGCCAGGCACUUGCGGCGGAGUCGAGGGCCGUUUCGAUCACGGGGCAGUUGGCCUUUUGGAGGGUGGUUAUGGGGGUGGGGAUUGGGGGGGAUUAUCCGUUGAGUUCGGUGAUUACGUCGGAGUUCGCUACAACCAAGCGACGAGGCGCUAUGAUGGCGGCAGUCUUUGCCAUGCAGGGGUUCGGCCAUACCUGCACUGGCGUGUGCCAGCUCGCGGUUGACAAGAUGUGGAGGGUUGUCAUUGGCUUCGGGGCUGUGCCGGCGUGUGUCGCUUUGUAUUAUCGGUUGACGAUUCCUGAGACUCCGCGGUAUACAUUCGAUGUUGCCCGGGAUAUCCUCCAGGGAGACGCGGAUGCCCUGGCGUUCCUGGAAGGAGGCAGUGAAGGGCAUCCCGAUGCAAUCAAACGCGCAGCGGUUCUGCAGAGUGUCACUGUCAGGGAGGGGCUGCCAGAGGCAAGUUGGCUAGAUUUCUGGAGCUGGUAUUCGAAGUGGAAGCAUGCAAAAGUUUUGCUGGGCACCGCUGCGUCGUGGUUCUUUUUGGAUGUUGCAUUCUAUGGCCUCGGGCUUAACAAUUCGAUCAUCCUCAGUGCCAUUGGCUGGAGCGGAGGAAGCACAGUCUAUGAGUAUUUCUAUCGCAAUGCCGUGGGCAACCUCAUCUUGAUCUGCGCUGGCGCGAUCCCUGGGUACUGGACGACAGUCGGGCUGGUCGACAUCCUAGGUCGGAAACCCAUUCAAAUCGGCGGGUUUAUCAUUCUCACCAUCACUUUUCUUAUCAUCGGGUUCGCCUAUCAUGCCCUGGAAAACUCCGACAAUGGGUUGCUAGCCCUCUAUGUGGUUUCGCAGUUCUUCUUCAACUUCGGACCUAAUGCCACCACGUUUAUCGUUCCCGGAGAAUGCUUUCCCACUCGGUAUCGGUCGACCUCUCAUGGCAUCAGCGCUGCAUCGGGGAAGAUCGGUGCUAUCAUCGCCCAGUGUGUGUUUGGGCCUCUGGCGCACCGGGGGGCGAGCGGAGGGUUAAACUCACAGGAUACGCCUUGGUUGAACCACGUCAUGCAGAUAUUUGCGCUGUUUAUGCUCUGUGGCGUUUUUACCUCGCUGUUGAUCCCAGAGACGAAGGGCAAGACGCUGGAAGUUUUGGCUGGCGAGGAUCUGGUGAGUGCUGCGUCUGAUUCCAGUCUGUCCACUCCGCGAGAUGAAGGGAGACAAAAUAAGAGCAGUGAGUCCGAGACCUGA